GCUUUACUACCUAGUUUCCUUUCACAAUAGUUUCUGCCCUUUGUGCAAGUCAAAAUGCAGCUGCAGUUUCUCUCGUCUCUAACCGUUCUCUGGGAGAAUGUGUCCUUCCGGACCGUUGCAGUCUUCAUAGGUGCAUUUCUUUUGAUAGCAGAUUGUAUGAAAAGGAGACGUGCAGUGAAUUUCCCUCCAGGACCGCUGCCUCUUCCGUUUCUGGGCCACAUAUUGCAUCUUGACUUCAGGCAGCCUCACAUCUCCAUACAGAAGUAUGCUGAAAAAUAUGGUGACGUUUUCAGCCUGCAGUUUGGUAGUGAGCAUAUUGUGAUUGUAAAUGGACUCCAGCUUGUGAAGGAAAUACUUGUUUAUCAGGGUGAAAACUGUACUGAUCGUCCACCGAUCCCUAUUUUUGAGGAAUUCGUUGGUGGCUUCGGCGUGAUCUUCUCUAACGGAUAUAAUUGGAAAAAGCAAAGGAGAUUUAUCCUAUCAACUCUGAGGAAUUUUGGUCUGGGGAAGAAGAGUUUAGAGAAACGAAUACAGCAGGAAAUCAGGUACCUCAUUGAGGCAGUUGAGGAAGAGAAAGGGAAUCCUUUUGACCCUCACUUUAAAAUUAACAAUGCUGUUUCCAACAUCAUUUGUUCUGUCACUUUUGGGAGCCGGUUUGAAUAUGAUGACAGUCGAUUCCAGAGUUUACUGCGGUUGCUUGAUGAGACAGUGCAGCUCGAGGGAAGUUUUUGGAUCCAGCUGUAUAAUUCCUUUCCCACCGUAAUGAAGUGGCUCCCAGGACACCAUCACACCCUUUUUAAAAACUGGGAAAAACUGAAGUGUUUUGUAAAAGAAGAGAUUGCAAAGCACAGGGAGGACUGGAAUCCAGCAGACACCAGGGAUUUCAUUGACUGCUAUCUGAAGGAAAUCGCAAAGAAUGAAGCCAAUUCUACUUUCCAUGAAAACAAUCUCAUAUUUUCUACACUGGAUCUUUUUUUUGCUGGAACUGAGACAACCUCCUCAGCCAUCCGCUGGGCCCUAGUGUACAUGGCCCUAUAUCCAGAAAUUCAAGAGAGAGUGCAAGCAGAGAUCGACACAGUGGUUGGCCAGUCUCGCCUGCCAGCCAUGGAUGACAGAGACAACAUGCCAUACACCAACGCGGUUGUGCAUGAAAUUCAAAGGAUAAGCAACAUUGUCCCUUUAAAUGUGCCCCGAAGGAUAACAAGGGACACGACGCUGGCUGGAUUCCAUCUGCCAAAGGGGAUCAUUCUGAUCGCCAAUUUGACGUCAGUGCUGUUUGACAGGAAGGAGUGGGAAACUCCUGAUGCUUUUAACCCUGAGCACUUUCUGAAGGAUGGCCAGUUCAGGAAGAGAGAGGCUUUCCUGCCCUUCUCAGCAGGGAAAAGGGUUUGCCUGGGAGAGCAGCUGGCUAGAACGGAGCUGUUCCUGUUCUUCACCGCCCUUUUUCAGAAGUUCACGUUCCAGGCACCGAAGAACACGAAGCUCAACCUCCAGUUCAAAAUAGGCAUGACCAUGGGCCCUCGGCCAUACAAGAUCCAGGCUUUGCCUCGGUGUAUUAGGACCCUUCUACAUGUUACAUAAAUGGCAUGGACGUUACAUGUGCAUAUACCUACACGGCUACCAAAUACAUCCCUGAAACAUGGAAGAUGUUGAAUUUUAGUCCAUUUUGGAUUUUACCUUCAUUGCUGAACAGCAAGAAAGAUAUCUACACCUCCCUGCCUUUCUGCCAUCUGACACCACCAGGGAAGGAAUCCUGCUUUAUCUGCACGUCAGACAGCAACUCACAAAGACACUCUCAUGGACCCAGAGGAAUAGACUUCUACCUUCCACUUCCUCCAUGCACAAAUGAAGUUUGUUUUCUACCUGUGGGAACUUUUUACCGUCUUUAUUUUUCCCUGAGCCUGAGGAAGGGCACGUGUGCGCUAAGCUUGCAGAAAAAAAUAUUUUUUUUGCAAUUUCUUUGUUGGUCUAAUAAAAAGUAUCAUCUCUGAA